AUGAGCAGUAUUCCUACCCCUCUUCGUUGGGGGUUUCUCGGUUGUGGUCGUAUUUCAGCCGACUUUAUCAGUGCUCUCAAGUCCCUUGACAAUAUUAAAUUCCAAGCUUGUGCCGCUCGGUCCUUAUCAAGUGCCAAAAAUUUUGCCAAAUUGCAUGAAAUUGCAAAAGCUUACGAUUCCUACAAAACCCUUGUCUCAGAUACUGAAGUCGAUAUCAUCUACAUUGGUACUCUCCAUCCAUGGCAUUAUGAACAUACAAUGCUUGCCUUAACUCAUGGUAAACAUGUAUUGGUUGAAAAACCCAUGGCCAUGAAUGUAACUCAAGCUGCAGCUGCUAUUGCACUUGCUCGAGAAAAAAACCUUUUUCUAAUGGAAGGAAUGUGGACUCGAUUCUUUCCUGCAAUUCACCACGUUCGGCAACUUUUGACCGACGAGGUGAUUGGAAAUGUACAUCAUUUGCACGCUGUUUUUGGUGUGCAAUUCGAUACUGACAAUGCCCGAAUGUGGCACAAGGAGCUUGGAGGUGGAGGUCUUUUGGACAUUGGUAUCUAUCCUCUUGCUUUUACUACAAUGGUGUUUGGUGGGAAACCCGAGAAAAUUACGUCGGCUGGAAAGCUCAAUGAUGGUGGAGUCGACAUUUACAACUCGGUUACACUCGAGUACACUGACUCUCGCUUUGCUACCAUUGAGUAUACGAUGCUGGCGACACUGGAUGAGACUGUGACUAUUACUGGAAGUAAAGGACGCAUCCAUCUUCCUGCAUCGGCUCAUACGGCCACAGAAGUGAUAGUGGUCAAGUACCUGGACGAUGGGUCGCAAGAGAAGACCAAGUUGCUCUUUCCAUGGCCGACGCCUGCUCCCGGUGCUAAAUUUAACUACCCAGGCUCCGAGGGAUUUCGCUAUGAGGCCGAGGCUGUUGUUAAGGCUAUUCAAAACAAACAGCUCGAGGUCGAGGAGUAUCCGCUGGACGAAUCACUUGAGAUCAUGACCAUCAUGGACGAGGUUCGCAAAGACGUAGGUCUCGUCUACCCCGCAGACUCCAUGUAA